AUGCCUUCCUUUCUCUCCCUCUUCUAUCUCAUUCUCCUCCUGUCUCUGGGAAGCGCGAUCAUAUUGGCAGAACUGGUGCAUCACAACCCCCACAGCCACGUCCAUGGGCUUCUCACAGUCCUGAUGCUGGUUUCGUCCACCUGGAUGCUGUGGUUUGCGUACCAAAUGCACAGACGAGGCAAGCCUGGAAUGUACAAAGACCAACACGCUGGAGCAGUUUGGCUGAAAGGUGGAUUGGCACUAUUUGCACUCGCUACAUUAGUGCUGGAUUGCUUCCAUAUCGGACACUACUGGGAGAUUCUACAUUGUGCAUCUGUCUUCACCAUCAUGUACCCAUUUGUACAAGCCAUAUUCACUCUAGUUCAGGUAUUGUUUCUUUCAUUUCACGCAAAAGUCUCCAUUCAACACCAGCCCUGGCUGAACAGGCUUGGGCUGAUGCAUACUUUAGCUACGAACAUAUUGGCAUGGAUGAAUGCUGUCUUGGAUGAAUCGAUAAAACAACUCAAGGAAAUUAAAGAUUUUCACAAGAAAGAAAAUCUGGCUGAAGAUUUGUACCCUGGUGUGAUCCAGCUUGGCACAUUACAACCAGAAAAUGGCAGCGCUAAUGCAGACAGUUGCAUCUGUACGACAGAACUCUGCCAUAUAUUCCACGAAACGACUGCUUACCUCUACCCUUUCAAUAUUGAGUUCAGCCUGUUCUCAUCGGCUAUGCUGUACAUCAUGUGGAAAAACACCGGGCGUAUAAAAGAGCAGCAGAGAUCCACUGUGGCCAAGAAGAAUACAUUUCAGAUACAUCAUGGGAUCAUAGUCGGGCCCAUCUUUGGAGCGCUUGCUCUUGCUGUCACCUUCGCGGUGAUGAUCUCAUUUGGUGUUCUCGUCAGGACCACAGAGAACAAAUUCCAUGCGUUAAAAAUCUACUACCUCUUCAACGCAGUACUGCUAUCCCUCAUGUCAGUGGCUUCGGGAGCUGGAAUGCUGAUGUACAAAUUUCACCGCGAUAACUCCUACUCGGGGAGAUCCAAGAAUAUAGUCAGGAGUUUGGACAUUACUAUUCUUCUGGCUAGUUCUUGCGGGCCCUUGAUGGCAUCGGUUUUCUCAGCGGUGGCUUCGGUGGUCUCGCAAUCGGAAGGCGUUCUUAAGAUGCUAGAUCUCUGCUUUUCUCUCUGUAAAAUUAUCCAACUUCUUGGGCAGGAUCUGUUCAUCGCUGAGGGUCUACACUCCGCUCCGAAUGUAGGAGAAGGCAGAGGGGACUGGAGCUGCUCAGUGUCCCAACAGUGCCCCAAUGACUUGAUGCACAAAGGGUCUGUCAACGAAGCCUUCGAUAGUGAAAGUGGAUGUGUCCCCUGCUCUGGGAUGGAAGGGAGCUUGCAAAACCUCUUUGUGCAGUCCAGGAAUUUUGCGAAGGCAGAUGUAAAGACACAGAACAUGCUGCCCAAUGCAUCAAACCAAUUAACGCUAUUUACAUCUGAGAGAGAAAGAAAUGCUCAGAGUACCAGGCAGAAGAUACUGAGAAAUAUCAUAUCCUUCUUGUUACUGUCAAAUAUAUCACUCUGGAUUCUCUAUGCCUUUGGCACUCGUCCUCACCUGGUGAGAGAAUUGGAACAGAAUUUCUACGGCUUCACCUCUUGGGUUGUUAUUGUGAACAUCACUCUGCCAUUGGGGAUCUUCUACCGCAUGCAUUCUGUGGCCGGCUUGUUUGAGGUUUACUGUGCAUCCUAA